GUUUUAUACAGACGUAGACGCGUUGCCAGUUUUGCGGAGGGUUACAGAAACCGUUUUUUAGAUUUUUGUCCUGCGGAAAGAGAGUGAAGACGGGGUGAGGAAUAACAGUUGUGUGGGAAGUGGAAUCGUUUGGUCACCCCCCAUGAAAGGGUAAAAGUGGCAGAGCCCUGGUCAGGAGGUAAAGGCGCGGAAAGAUGGCGGACAAGGAAAAGAAGAAAAAGGAAAGCAUACUUGACCUAUCCAAAUACAUAGACAAGACUAUUCGAGUGAAAUUUCAGGGUGGCAGAGAAGCAAGUGGAGUUCUCAAAGGAUUUGAUCCUCUAUUGAACCUUGUAUUGGAUGGGACCAUAGAGUAUAUGAGAGAUCCAGAUGAUCAGUACAAGCUAACAGAGGACACACGACAACUUGGACUUGUUGUUUGCAGAGGGACAUCUGUGGUUCUUAUAUGCCCACAAGAUGGCAUGGAGGCUAUUCCAAACCCUUUUGUUCAACAGCAAGACGGUUAAUGUUUCUACAAAGAAAACACACCCAGAUUCUAUUGGGAUGCAGCAUACUUCAAGUUGAAGACUUUUUUUUGUUUUGUUUUUAAGAUUAUAAAAAAAAAAAAUUUUUUUUUUGUGGUGGCAAAUAUGAGCCAUGUACAGCAAGUCAGGACUUUGCUCUGUAAGUUAAAUAUACUUUUGUUUUAGUCACGCUUUAUUUUAUAGUGAUUCACAAUUCUUGUGGUCAUGUUGUGUGUGUUUUAUUUUGUUCUGUUUCAAUCAAUUUUUAUUAAAACAUUUUCCAAGUUACAAUAAAACACAUUAAAACAAA